GUCAUUUGGGUCAGCUAUGAUCUUGAGCACGACUGAUCCUGUUCGCAGUACCCAUUUCCCUCGGCCGUCUUCCUAACCAUGACCCAGUACCUCGCUCGCUCAUCCAUGACCGCGCCCACUUCGCCCUCCAAUAUAUCCUCGAGCUUGUCCCGACAGCGACCCCAUCCCUCAUGCCAGUCCUCUCUGCCGAAUUCCCUCACAAGUCCGAAAACAAACUUGCUCAGGUCACCUACGUCACCAACCUCCUCCGCGUCCUGCAAUAUGCCCCCGUCCUUCGUGGCCAAGUCAUGAACCUCCUCAUCGACAAAAUCAUCCAGAUUGAUGUCGAGAUCCAGGUGAACUUGGACGAGUUAGACGAAGAGCACGAAAUCCUAGAAGAAGACGUACCAAAUGGCAUCAGUGACGCGAAUUUUAUGGCUACGGCUAAGGAGGGUCCACAUGCGCAGCUCUUGGCGGAGAUUGCGGAGGCUGAUGCGGCUGAUUUGGAUGAGGAUGAUGAUGAGGAUCUGGAGAUGAGCGUGCAGAACAUCAAGGAUAUGGUCGACAAGCUCGAUUGUAUGUUGAUGGUGAUGUUUGAUUACCUCACUCCGACCUUCCUCAGCGAACCAGCGCUACUCACCCCCGGGGGUAUCAUGAACUCUGACGCUUUCUCGGAUAUCUCUUUUGAGUACCUUCUCCAAGCAUUUGACACGACGAUUUUGUCGACGUUUAGGUCGAGGUAUACGCAGUUUAUCAUCUUUUGGGCAAGUCAGACGAGUCCGAGGUUUAUCGAUGCGUUCCUCGGUGUCGCGAUCGAGCGUGCACUCGAUCCCUCCCGACCCCAAAUUGCGAGACAAGCUGCGUCAGCAUACGUCGCCUCCUUUGUCGCUCGUGCCAAGAAACUCGAUCGCCCCGCCGUUCGAACCGUCGUCGGGAUGUUGUGUACCUGGCUACACACCUAUAUCGAGGACAGGGAGGAGGAAUGCGUCGGUGCUGAUGUUGGGAAGUUUGGAGGUUUUUACGCGGUUGUGCAGGCGGUGUUUUACAUCUUUUGCUUCAGAUGGCGGGAGUUGAAGGGGGAUGAUGAGGAGAAUGAGGAUGUGAUGGAGGGUGAGGAUGGGGAGACAGAUAAGUGGGCUCCUGGGCUCGAGGUGCUUAAUCGGGCUAUUCUGUCCAGAUUCAACCCCCUCAAGGUGUGCUCGCCUGUCGUCGUUUCCCAGUUCGCGAGGGUUGCGAAUCAUCUUGGGUUGCUGUACGCCUACUCCGUUAUGGAACAAAACCGAAGAUUGGGCGGUGCGGGGAAUUACAUGAAUGCGAAUCUGAAUAAGGAGGUGGAGAGUUAUUUCCCGUUCGAUCCGUAUCGGUUGAAGAGGAGUCAGGGGUACGUUAAGGAUAUGUAUGUCGAGUGGCAGAAUAUCCCGGGGCUGGAUGAUGAAGAGGACAGCGAGGAGGAGGACGAAGACGAAGACGAAGACGAGGAGAGUGAGGAGGAGUAUGAUGAGGAUAUGGAUGAGAGCAUGAUGGACUGAUUUGUCCCCUAAAAAAUGAGUCGGGUGUGGUGUGUGGAGUGAGGUCUUUUUGCACAUGCUUUUUUGGUUGGGUAUCGGUUAUCGUUUUGGCGAUUGGAGUUCUUUUGUUUGUUACCUAUAUCAGGCUUUUUGGCUAUCUCGUAUCAAGAUAUCAUGAUUGAUCCUAUACCAGUACCG